CAAACAACAGACGACAGACAGACAGCGGCCAAAGCGACAGGACAGGAGAGAAGUGAAAGUUCUUGCUUGCCCGCCACAGCUCGCGGCUCUCGCUCUCUCGCCACUGCCCAUCUCACCUCACGUGCACCCCUUCAUCCUCAUUGAGAAAGUCAAGAGCAGCAUUACUGUGAGGGAGGCCUGUGAUUGUUCCCAUUUAAAAUUCACGUCUUGAAAGGGAUCGAGUCGGUGUUGUGUCCAAAGCUGCUCGACCAUGGUACUCCGUUUCCUUGUGGAGUUCGUCAAAAGAAUUGUGGCAGAGAUUAAAUACCAGCUUGUGUACUACACACUCGGGGGAGCAGCCCAGCUUGAGGAUUUCAUUCAUGCCAAAUGCAACAGAACUGAUUUAAUUGACAAGAGUGGUGAAAUAGCUGUUGUGACUGGAGGGUCCAGAGGUAUAGGCCUGCAUGUUGUUCGUAUGCUGCUGCAAUGCAACAUGCAUGUUAUUAUUGGAUGCCGCAAUACUGUGGCAGGAGAAAGUGCAAUUGCAGCCUUGCGAGCUUCAGGUGUUACCCAAGGAACUAUCGAAUGCUUCAAACUUGAUACAGCAUCAUUGGCCUCAGUCCGUUCAUUUGCGAAGAAAGUAGUAUCUGCUCAUCCCAUCAUUCAUGUCCUUGUUAACAAUGCUGGCAUUAUGUUUGUCCCAUACUCUUUAACGGAAGAUGGCAUAGAGUCGCAUCAAGCUGUCAACUAUAUUGGCCACUUUGUUUUGACUCAAGAGCUGUUGCCCUCCUUGGAAAAGGCUGGGCACCAAAGCCCUAAUAAGUCACGCAUUGUCAAUGUAACAUCAUGUGCUUAUGCUGCUGGAACAAUUAACUAUUCUGAUUUUAACAAUACUGAAGGUUACAUCGCAAGUGCUGCUUAUGCUCAGUCCAAGUUGGCACAGCUGGUCUCCACAGUCCAUAUGUCACGCCUCUUCACUGAAAAUAAUAUCCCUGUUAAUGUUUAUGCUGUCCAUCCUGGUAUUGUCAACACAGAGCUUUUCGAUGGAACUGCAUUUAAGAAAAUCUUUCCCUGGGUCCCAAAAUUGCUUUUCAAGUCCCCUGAAAAAGGAGCAAUGCCAAUUGUGCAUGCAGCCAUUUCACCAUUGAUAGAAAAUCGAUCAGGAAUUUAUAUCAGCAACUGCAGAGAAACUCCAGUGAAGAAACAUAUUUUGAAUCCUUCAGAAGGCUACAAGUUGCAUAAGUUUACAUUUGAUCUUAUUAAGAUCAAAGCUCCAAAGACAGUUUCAAGUUAAAAUAUUGCCUGUUUGUUUUUUAUCUCUUUUAUUCUUAUUCCAUUCCUAUGUAUUGAGACUGAAGUUGAUCAUAGCACCUUUUAAAUUUUGUAUUUUAUUUGUAUUAAUUGAGCACUGAAUCAAAUACAGUUAUUAUUUUUAUA